AUGAAAAAAAUAAAUCAAUAGAUGUAAAAAAUAGCAGGACGCAAUAGCUUUUAGGAAUCUCCAUAACAAUUGGAAAAGAAAACAUUAAAAAAUUCCACAAAACCAAUUAAAACAGAAAGACCUUAACAAAAAGGGAAAACUAAAUUAUACGAUUAUUUUAAGAAAGAAAGGAAUUCAUUAGCCUAGGUGGUCAAUAACAUUAGAGCUAAAUUGAAGGGGAGCAAAAGUAUUGAUAAUGUGUUCCUUUUAACAUAAAAAAGCGAGAGAGCAAAAACAUCAUAACCAAAUGUAAUUCUUUUAAAUAGCAUAAAAUAGCAAAUUGAACAAAGAGUCUAAACAGAUGAAGGGAAUAGUUCUAAAAGAAUUAAUUUGAAAACAAAAAAUUUGUCUUUAGCUACUGUCUCAGUUGAAGUAUAAAUUAAAUUUAUUUCUUAGAAAAAGGAAUACACAAAGUAACCUUCAACUACUAAACAAUCUUACAAUUAGUCGCCUUCUAGUUAAUCAAAACCAAUUUUAAAUAAGUCUAAAUCCAAAGAUCAAUACUUAUUUGAGAUGGUAUUUAUUAUUUUCAUUGUUAAUAGUUAAAAAAUGCUCAAAAGAUAUCAAAUCAAUAUUAACAAUACUUUAAUUUGAAGUAAAAUAAGUAAUCUAUAUAAUCAGACACUUCAACUAAUCAUAGAUAAUCACUAGAAGAUAUGUUAUUAAGUUAAAAAUCCACAAAAGGAUCUCCUCAACCCUACUGUUCAAAAUUAUCUAAAAAAACAGAUGCCGACUCUAAAUCGCUUAAUUCAGGGUAUUCUAAAACUGAGUAAACCCCUGUAAUUAAAUAACAACAGAAAACUAAAAUUGAAGAAUCUCUACAAUAUGAUCCUAAAAAGAAACUUCAAGUGGUUCUCUUUUAUAAAUAAACAAAGUACAAUUUAUAUUCAACAAUUUUAGAUAUUACUAUUUGUAUGAUUAUGAAAAUUAAAAAACUGAUAACUUGUAUAACUUUCUUAUUUAAUAAAUUGCAAGUAUUGAGUUGGCCUCAUCAAAAGUAGAAGGAGGAGGCACUGGUUCUACUGAAGAUUAACAUAUUUAAGAAGGUAUAUCAAAGAUUAAUGUAGAAUUGAAUAAGAUUUGCCAAUUCAUUACAGUUUCUAAAAACAUCCCUUAUGACUAUUACCUUUCAUUGCCUGAAAUGCCUCUAAAUGUGUUUUAAGGCAUAACCCUCUAGUUAUAACCCUAGUAUGCUUAGUAUUCGGACACAAAGAGAGUUGGAUUGAAGGAUUUUAAUUUAAUAAAAUGCAUAGGAGUAGGAGGAUUUUCAAGGGUAUAUUUAGUGAAAAAAAAAGAUAAUGGACAAUUUUAUGCCUUAAAAUUAAUAGAUAAAAAGUUCAUUUUUGAUAAUGCAAAGGAAGUAAUUGUUUAAAAUGAGAGAGACAUUAUGGUAAGGAUGGAAAAUUAGUAUAUCACAAAAUUGCAUUAUGCCUUUGAAACAAAAUUUUAUAUUGCUUUUGUAUUAGAAUAUUGUGCAGGAGGAGAGUUAUUCUAUCACUUAAGAAAAUUAAAGAGACUAAAUGAACAAGAAGCAAAAUAUUACUUUGUUGAAAUUUGUAUAGGAAUGGCAUAUUUACAUUCAUAAAAUAUUGUUUACAGAGACAUUAAGCCUGAAAAUAUCUUAUUGGAUUUACAAGGUCAUAUGAUGCUUAGUGAUUUUGGAUUAUCUAAACCAAAUAUGGAAGAUGGAGAGCUAGCUUAUUCAUUUUGUGGUUCUCCUGAAUAUAUGGCUCCUGAGAUGCUAAUGAAAACUGGUCACAGUUAUUUAGUGGAUUGUUAUUGUCUAGGUGCUUUACUUUAUGAACUAGUUUCUGGAUUACCACCGUUUUAUUCUAAUAAUACUCAAGAAAUAUAUAAUGCAAUAUUGACAGAGAAUGUCUAAUUUCCAGAUUAUGUCUAAAUUUCUGAUUAAUUGAAAGAUCUAAUAAUUAGACUGCUUUAAAAGGAUCCAGAUCAGAGAUUAGGAUAAAAUGGCGGGAUUGUUGAAAUUCUAACUCAUGUUUGGUUUCACGAUGUUGAUUUCGAAGGAAUAGUCAACUAAAAACUUCCAACUCCUUAUAAACCAGAGCCUUUAAAAUAUAAUUUUGAUGAAGAAGAAUUCAAUAAAGGAGAUGCAGAAUUUAGAAAACAAUAUGCAUUUAAUCUUCAAUAUGAAUUUCAAGUAUUUACAAAUAAAUGAUAUUUGUUAGAAUGUUGAUAAUGCAAAUUAUCAAUUGCAAGAUUUUUAUUAUGAAAGACCAUAAUUAGAAUGUAAAAAUAGAACAAAUUUGGUAAAUACAAGCAAAUUAGUUUCAGAAUUAGUUUAAAAAGAAUCAUUGUCUCCAAAUAAAUAAAUGUUAUCAAAAGUCAAAGUAAAUGUAAUAAAAUAUAUUGCAUAGCAUUCUCCUUAAGAAAGUAAAAAAGUAUUAAGACCUAAUAUUAAGAGUGAAGCUCUUGACUAUUUCAAAAAACAUAAUCUUUUGACGAAAUCUUCUUAGAUUCUUCAAUAGUCCUUAAAGUUGGGUCAUGCUUAUUCCAAAACCUUAUAAUAGCCUUCCAUGUCGAUAUAAGAUUUAAAAGUAUUAGAAUUUAAUAAUUAAGAAAUUAAAAUAGUUGUUUGAUCAAUCUAAAUAAUUAUUAAGUUCUGAUAGAUUAACUACUGUUCCUGAUUAGAAUAAUAAAAAUGGUAUAGAAAGAGUCAAAACUGAACAAAUUGGUAACUUACCUUCUCCUAAAACUACAACCAAUAGUGCUGCAAAUAAAUUAGCCAAAUUUUCUAAAUUAUUUGGAUCAGAAAAAAGAAAAAAAUGAAGAUGUAUUUAUAGUUAAA